UUCUUCUUGUGUGUGUUUCAAGCUGCAAGGACUGAGACAUCCUCCUUUAGAGUCGGGAUGAGUGGAAGAGAGAGAAAGGAGAAAAGACAGAGGCGAAACCUGGGUAGCUUUUCUUCUUGGGUGGAUAAAGGGGGAGCGAUGAUUGCAGGGAGAAAGAAGAAGGCGUGACAAGAAUGUCAGAAAACCCCAGGCAGGCACACACUGGGAGGCACACACGUUUUCUCUCCCUCUCCUCUUUCUCUUUCCCAAUCCUUCCCUCUCUUUCUCUCUGAACACACAUUCAUCACUUCUCUGAACCAAGAUAAGCCAGCCAGCUGAACAUUUCCACCAAAGGAAGCCUACCAACCGCCUUCUCUACAAAAAAGGACCCGCCGGCAACAAAACUACAGAGACAAACAUGAGGUAUUUUCUGGUCUGGCUGAUUUGUAAUGUCCAGCUGGUCAACACCGAUGCCGUGGAGCUGACGGACAUGUUUGGGGAGAUUCAGUCCCCCAACUUCCCAGACUCCUACCCCAGUGAUGCCGACGUGACCUGGAACAUUUCGGUGCCGGAUGGCUUUCGCAUCAAGCUCUACUUCAUGCACUUCGACCUCGAAUCCUCCUACUUGUGCGAAUAUGACUAUGUGAAGGUCGAGUCCGAAGACCAAGCCCUGUCCACCUUCUGUGGGAGGGAAGCCACGGACACGGAGCAGACGCCAGGGCAGCAGCCCAUCCUGUCUCCAGGUUCAUCCAUGAGUAUCACCUUCCGGUCGGACUUCUCCAACGAGGAACGCUUCACCGGUUUCGAUGCCCAUUACACCGCCGUGGAUAUUGAUGAAUGUCUGGAGAAGAGUGACGAGGAACUGGCCUGUGACCAUCACUGCCACAACUACAUCGGCGGGUAUUAUUGCUCUUGCAGAUUUGGAUAUAUCCUCCAUUCUGACAACAGGACUUGCAAAGUGGAGUGCAGCGACAACCUCUUCGCCCAGAGAAACGGUGUGAUCCAUAGCCCAGAUUUCCCCAACUCCUACCCAAAAAGCUCUGACUGCUUGUACCGUAUUGAGCUGGAAGAAGGCUUCUUCAUCACCCUGCAAUUUGAAGAUAGUUUUGACAUCGAAGACCAUCCGGAGGUGACCUGUCCAUACGACUACAUCAAGAUCACCGCUGGAGUUAAAGAAUUUGGUCCUUUUUGCGGAGAAAGAUCUCCAGGUCGGAUCGAAACCCGGAGCAACAUCAUCCAUAUUUUGUUCCAUAGUGAUAACUCCGGAGAGAAUAGAGGCUGGAAACUUUCCUACACAGCUAUAGGGGACCCCUGUCCACUCCUGGAGCCUCCUCCCAAUGGCCGAAUUGACCCUUCCCAAGCGACGUACACCUUCAAGGACCAGGUGGUCAUCACCUGCAACACAGGAUACAACGUCCUCAAGGACGGAGUGGAGAGCGAAUCUUUCCAAGUCGAGUGCAUGAAAGACGGGAUGUGGAGCAACAAGGUCCCCGUCUGUCAAAUUGCCGAUUGCAAGGCACCUCCCAGGCUGGAGCAUGGCUUUGCAACCUUCUCCUCGCCGGACAACCUGACCACCUUCCAGUCGGGGAUCCAGUAUUCCUGCCAGCAGCCCUUCUACCAGAUGAUGCCCAACGUCUCAGGUACCUACACCUGCAAUGCCAAGGGAUUUUGGCAGAGUCCCGAGCUGGGCAGGCGCCUUCCCACCUGUCAACCAGUCUGUGGCCAACCUCUCCGCCCUCUGCCCACCUUAUUCAAGCGCAUCAUCGGCGGACGCAACGCAGCCCCGGGUUUCUUCCCUUGGCAGGCACUCAUUGUGGUGGAAGACACCUCCCGAGUUCCCAACGAUAAAUGGUUCGGCAGCGGAGCUCUUCUCUCUGAGUCCUGGGUGCUGACGGCCGCCCACGUUCUCCGCUCCCAGCGCCGCGACAACACCAUCAUCCCCGUCUCCAAGGAGCACGUCACCGUCUACUUGGGCCUCCACGAUGUGAGGAACCGGGUGGAUGCCGUCAACCGGACGGUGGAGAAGAUCGUCCUCCACGAGGCCUUCGACAUCCGGAACUACAACCACGACAUCGCGCUGGUGAAGCUGAAGGAGAAGGUGACCAUGGGGCCCUACGUCAUGCCGGUGUGCCUGCCACAAUCUGGACGCGAGCUGGAAGGGCCGGAGCCCAACACGCUGGGUUUAGUGGCCGGCUGGGGCAUCUCCAACCCCAACGUCACGGUGGACGAAGUCAUCAGCUCUGGCAUGAGGACCCUCUCCCACGUUCUUCAGUACGUCAAGUUGCCGGUGGUGCUCCACGCCGAGUGCAAGGAGAGCUACGAAUCCCGGUCGGGGAACUACAGCGUGACGGAGAACAUGUUCUGUGCUGGGUAUUACGAAGGAGGCAAGGACACCUGCCUGGGAGACAGCGGAGGAGCCUUCGUCAUCCAAGACCUGGAGACCCAACGGUGGGUGGCCCAAGGCCUGGUCUCCUGGGGAGGACCAGAAGAAUGCGGAAGCAAACAAGUCUAUGGGGUUUACACCAAAGUCUCCAACUAUGUGGAUUGGCUGCAGGAGAAAAGCGGGUGGACAUUCAAGGAUGCAGCCAACCGGGACGGAUGAACCAGAAUGAGAUGCGUACCUGCGCAUGGACAGGGAAGAUGUUGCCAAACUGUAUCCAGGUGGAGUUGCCACACAAGCAUUUGGAGAGGCAUCUGGUGUGAUUCCAUUAUUUCACCCAAUAAGGUUCCAAUUAUUAUGAUUAAACUAAAACUACCGUGUCUACUUGAGGUGUACAAUUCUUCGUUAGUCCUCGUAAGUCGAAUCAAAUUCAUCAAAUUCGUACUUACGAGGAAAUAUCCGACACGUGGACAUGGCCCUCAUCUAAAACUUAAAAAUCGAAACUUACCCAAUACUUUUCUGUUUAAAUUUUGUAAACCUCGGAAGCCUCCCAAAGUCAGUUUUAUUUUCAGUGUAAGAAAGCAAAGCAAAGCCAAAAAGGCUGCCUUUCCUCAUUAUUCAUUACUGGCCUCGCACCAUGAGGAGAGGGAAACAGCAGGGAGAAAACAGAGUUUGCUGGGAAAGAGACAGAGAAAGCACAGGAUUCUGGGAAAUGUAGUUUAGGAAGGUGAAGAGCCCUAUGGCAGAGAAUGCAAAAGGCCUUGCCCUGAACUACAUUUCCCAGAAUUCUGCUCAGCAUUGUAAAGCUUUAGUUAGGAUAGGAAAGAGAUGUGUCGCUCCAUCGCCAGAGUUGCAAUGAAUGAUUGAAUGUGCAAAGAGGAAGGCAGACUGAGACUUCUAGUAAAUCAAUUUCUGUGCUGGGCUGGGAAGAAAUCCUUAAAUGGAAGUUUUAUUGAUUAACAUGAGAGAUGUUCAAUGCAAUAGCUGUUGUGGCUUUAAAAAAAGGUUUUUUCAAAACUUUUUAAAAAUUCCCUAAAAUCAGUACAUGUAUGAAUAUUUCUGAAAGUUGUGGGGAAUGAUUCCAUUAUCUUAUGUCAUUGUACAGAAAAUUCAAGGAGAUCGCUCUUGUAGGUUUUUUUUUUUAAAAAUUGAAAAUUUCCCAAAAUUCCUUGGAUAAGUGAAACAUUCUGAAACUUGAUGGGCUAACAGUGGUGAACGUGAUCUAACAUCGGAGCAAGUUUCAUGCCAAUAAAAGUAAAACUGAGGAAGAAA